ACAAAAUGAAGUGUAAAAAGAAUCAAGUAAAACAAUAAGCGCGAAAAAAAACACCGCAUACACACACACACACACACACACCCUCACACCAACACAGAGACACAAAAGGAACAGCAACAAAAGGCAAACGCGAGGAGAGCAAAGCGAAAGCCAAAACGUUUUCGUCGCGGUUCAAGCUGUAACGGUCAACGGCUCUCGCGCGUCUCACAUUCCAUUUCGUUUCGUUCCGUUCCGUUCAGUUUCGUUCCGUUUCGUUCCGUUUCGCGUUUCCGUUCCGUUCCGUUUCGUUCGCCGGCUGCACUUCCAAUGGCUGUUUGUUCCUUAUGAUGGAGACAUUUCUUGUCCUGGGCCUGUGUUUUAUCCUGUACGAAGCAUUGGAUUUCUUUCAAGGCUGCAUCCAUAGCAACACGCCCUCACCGAGCGACCAGAUCGAGGCCUAUCGCCGCGAACUCGACGAACAGCGCCAGCAGCAGCAGCAGGAACAAUUUCUGGCCGGCCUCACGCCCCUGCUGGGCGCCCAAUUCGCAGCUGCUGCAGCUGCCGCUGCCGCUGGCUCUCAGUCGACGCUCAGCAGCACGCCCACCGCCUCCACAGCGAGCGUCAUCAGUGACUCCUACGAGCAGGAGCAGUCGCAAUCUCAAUCGCAAUCGCAAUCUCAAUCUCAAUCGCAGCAGCCACAUUCGUUGAGCACGCCCGGACUGUUCCGUCCGGCCGCACUGGGCUAUUACGAUCCGGAGGAUCCGUUGCAUGCCACCUCGUCGCUGCCACGCGACUACUACUACCUGCAGCAGCAGCAGCUGAAGAACAAGGCCAGCUCAAAGUCGCUGCUCUCGAAAUUCUCCGCCACCAAUUCCGAUAAUCGCAUCCACCCGGAGGGCAGUGCACACGGCGUGCUCGGGGCCCACGGCUCGCCACACACGGUCGUCACCACACAGCCGCUGCCCGCGGGUGAGUCGGCGGCCAGUUUGGGGCUGUUCGAUUGCCAGCCGCAGCUGGUGCCGUUGCUGCCGGCGGCGCCGCUCUUCCUGGAGCUGAAGCGUGCCAUAAUCAGCACGCAGGCGGCGACGACGGCGACGACGCGUCGGACGAGCAGGAGGCGUUGCCACAUCGACGUGAACGAGGAGGAGGACGAGGCGGAGCAGGAGCGGGAGCAAGCUGAGUCGGAGGAGGACGAGGACGACACAGAGGAGGACGACGAACAGGAGCCGCAACAGGAGACAAUUUGUCCACAGUGCGUUGAGGAGGAAGUGCAGCAGCAGUACGACGAGGCAGAGCAACAGCACCACAAGCUCCAACAGCAAGUGCUCGACCAGGAUCCACUCGGCAGCCACGCUACGGAUUGCCACGCCGGCGGCGCCAACAGCGAGCCCAACAUCUGCGCCGCAUCGCAGCUGCCGCGGAUCCAUCACAUCGCCAUCGACGACAUUGGCAUCGGAGGGAUCGGGCUGACAGCGGCGAGUGGCGAGCCGAACCACUGCCUGGCGACUAGUUCCAGUUCCAGUUCGCACGCCGAUUUUCGUGAAAUCGAAUGCGAACGCCUGCGACGCAAGCAGGGUCCUCACAGCAGCUGCUUGGUGUGGCCCGAUCACUAUUAAACAAAUGUGUGAGCAGCAAUCAAUCAAAAACUUGUAAAGACCAACAACAAUAAAAACAAAACAAAAAUACAACAAAGUAUAC